AAUCCCAGAUAGAGAGGGUGGAAAUCUGGGGCAUUUAUAACAUAAAAACGUCGCACGAAACGAAACCACCAUUUCUUCUUCCUUCUUCUUCUGGUUCCUUCUUUCUUUUCUUUCAAAUCUCUUUUUCACUCUGAUCUGGAAGAUGGAGUGGAGCUUCAACCAAUUCAUCUUAAUCUUAUUCUCAAUCGUCUUCUUCAUCUCAUCUUCUCAAUCAUUCUAUCUUCCUGGAGUCGCUCCUCGUGAUUUUCAACGGGGAGAUGCUCUUCAAGUCAAAGUCAACAAGCUAUCCUCUACAAAGACACAACUUCCGUAUGACUAUUAUUACUUGAAUUAUUGUAAGCCUAAACACAUCCAGAACAGUGCUGAAAACUUGGGGGAGGUGUUGCGAGGUGACCGCAUAGAGAAUUCAGUCUACACGUUUAAUAUGAGAGAGGAGCUCCCAUGUAAGGUUGGUUGUAAAGUAAAGCUUGAUGCUCAAUCUGCAAAAAACUUCAAGGAAAAAAUUGAUGACGAGUACCGCGUGAACAUGAUUUUGGAUAACCUUCCAGUUGCUGUUCUUAGACAAAGACGGGACGGUGGUCAGUCAACUACUUAUGAACACGGUUUUCGUGUAGGGUUCAAAGGAAACUAUGCUGGGAGCAAAGAGGAAAAGUAUUUCAUCAACAAUCACUUGAGCUUUCGAGUCAUGUAUCACAAGGACCUUGAGACUGAUUCUGCAAGAAUCGUUGGAUUUGAAGUUACUCCAAACAGUAUCAAACACGAGUACAAGGAGUGGGAUGACAAGAACCCUCAAUUGACUACAUGCAAUCAAAAUACCAAAAAUUUAAUUCAAGGAAGUACCGUGCCACAAGAAGUUGAUACUGACAAGGAGGUGGUAUUUACAUACGAUGUUACUUUUAAGGAAAGCGAUAUUAAAUGGGCAUCACGUUGGGACACCUAUCUUCUUAUGAACGAUGAUCAAAUUCACUGGUUUUCAAUCAUAAACUCCCUAAUGAUAGUCUUAUUUCUUUCGGGUAUGGUAGCAAUGAUCAUGAUGAGAACUCUUUAUCGCGACAUUGCAAAUUAUAACCAAUUGGAUUCACAAGAUGACGCCCAAGAAGAAACCGGAUGGAAACUCCUUCAUGGAGACGUUUUUCGGGCCCCCACAAAAUCUGGGCUUCUUUCGGUUUAUGUUGGCACCGGUGUCCAAAUCCUCGGAAUGACAGUGGUAACCAUGAUAUUCGCUUUACUCGGUUUCUUAUCACCAUCUAAUCGUGGCGGUCUUAUGACAGCUAUGGUUCUUUUAUGGGUGUUUAUGGGUUUGUUUGCCGGUUAUUCCUCCGCACGAUUAUACAAAAUGUUCAAAGGUACCGAAUGGAAAAGGAACACGUUAAAGACCGCAUUCAUGUUUCCUGGUAUUUUGUUCGUGUUUUUCUUUGUUCUGAAUGCGAUAAUUUGGGGUGAGAAAUCCUCUGGAGCGAUACCGUUUGGAACCAUGUUCGCUCUCGUUUGUUUAUGGUUCGGGAUAUCCGUACCGCUAGUGUUUGUAGGCAGUUACUUGGGCUUCAAGAAACCUGUAGCCGAAGACCCCGUAAAAACAAAUAAAAUCCCUAGACAAGUUCCGGAGCAAGCUUGGUACAUGAAACCCGUAUUUUCGAUCCUAAUCGGCGGAAUUUUACCAUUCGGGGCGGUUUUUAUCGAGCUUUUCUUCAUUUUAACCUCGAUUUGGUUGAAUCAGUUCUACUACAUAUUCGGGUUUUUGUUCAUUGUGUUUGUGAUUUUAAUAAUCACAUGUGCGGAAAUAACGGUGGUGCUAUGUUACUUCCAACUGUGCAGUGAGGAUUACAAUUGGUGGUGGCGCGCGUACCUUACAGCGGGGUCAUCUGCGCUGUAUCUUUUUCUGUACUCGGCUUUUUACUUCUUCACAAAACUGGAAAUUACAAAGUUGGUAUCGGGGAUUUUGUAUUUCGGGUACAUGUCGAUUGCUUCAUAUGCGUUUUUCGUGUUGACGGGUACAAUCGGGUUUUACGCAUGCUUAUGGUUUGUGAGGAAGAUAUACUCAUCUGUGAAGAUAGACUGAUUGAUGUAAGAAAGGAAGCCAGAGGCAGACAGAGGUGUAAUGGUUUGUCUAGUAAAAGGAUAUUGUCUAAUUUUCUAGUAUCUAGUUUAGGACUUUGGGUUCUAUGUUGCCUGUUUUGUCUUCUCUUUCUCAUGCCAAACAUAGGCCUGUCACUUUUUGAUGUAACAAAAGUUUUUUUAAAAAGGGAGAAAAUCAUGGAAAUAGUUAUUUCCAAUAUCAUAUGUAAUAAUUUCAUCAA